GUCCUUCUUUUGGUCCUUUCUAGACUUUUGGUAGCCAUGACACCAGGAAACAGCACUGAAGUAACUGAAUUCUAUCUUCUGGGAUUUGGUGCCCAGCAUGAGUUUUGGUGUAUCUUCUUUAUUGUAUUCCUUCUCAUCUAUGUGACCUCCAUAGUGGGUAAUACUGGAAUGAUCUUACUCAUCAACACAGAUUCCAGAUUUCAAACACCCAUGUACUUUUUUCUACAACAUUUGGCUUUUGUUGAUAUCUGUUACACUUCUGCUAUCACUCCCAAGAUGCUCCAAAGCUUCACAGAAGAAAAUAAUUUGAUAUCAUUUCAGGGCUGUGUGGUACAAUUAUUGGUUUAUGCAACCUUUGCAACCAGUGACUGUUAUCUCCUAGCUAUGAUGGCAGUGGACCGUUAUGUUGCCAUCUGUAAGCCCCUUCACUAUUCUGUAAUCAUGUCCCGAACAGUCUGCAUCCAAUUAGUAGCUGGUUCAUACAUCAUGGGCUCGAUUAAUGCCUCUGUGCAAACAGGUUUUACAUUUUCACUGUCCUUCUGCACAUCCAAUAACAUCAGCCACUUUUUCUGUGAUGUUCCCCCAAUUCUUGCUCUUUCAUGCUCCAAUAUUGACAUCAACAACAUGCUACUUGUUGUCUUUGUGGGAUUUAACUUGAUGUUCACUGGGUUGGUCAUCAUCUUUUCCUACACCUACAUCACGGCCACCAUCCUGAAGAUGUCUUCUACUGCAGGGAGGAAAAAAUCUUUCUACACAUGUGCAUCCCACCUGACAGCAGUUACCAUUUUCUAUGGGACACUCUCUUACAUGUACUUACAGUCUCAUUCUAAUAAUUCCCAGGAAAAUAUGAAAGUGGCAUCUAUAUUCUAUGGCACCAUUAUUCCCAUGUUGAAUCCUUUAAUCUAUAGCUUGAGAAAUAAGGAAGUAAAAGAAGCUUUAAGAGUGAUAGGAAAAAAGUUCUUUUAAAUUAGCCCCAGCUGUUAACAUUCAGCUCAACAAAUCAUCCAGCACAGUUGUUCUGCCAAAAUUUGAUGUUUCUACAACAGGAAACAUGUAGAAAGAUGUCAAAUUAAUAGUCUAACAUCACUUCUAGAGGAAUUAGAAAAACAAGAGCAAAUCAACCACAAAACUAGCAGAAGAAAGACAUAACUAAAAUCAGAACAGAACUGAACAAAAUUGAGACCCAAAAAUUUAUUCAGUGAAUGAAUGAAAUCAAAAUUUGGUUUAUUGAAAGGAUAAGUAAGAUUGGUAGGCUGCUAACUAGAUUCACAAAGAAAAAAGAAAGAUCCAAAUAAGCACAACCAAAAAGGACAAAGGUGACAUUACAACCAAUCCCAUCGAAAUACAAAAGAUACUCGGAGAAUCUUAUGAACACUUCCAUGAAAACAAACUAGAAAAUAGAGAGGAAUUGGAUAAAAUCCUGAAAACACACAAAUUCCCAAGAUUUAAUAAGGAAGAAAUUGAUACCCUGAGCAGACCAAUACCAAGUUCUGAAGUGAAAACAGUACUAAAUACCUACCAACCAAAAGCAAAGCCCAGACCAGAUGAAUUUGUAAUCAAACUCUACCAGAUGUAAAAAGAAGAGCAGGUGCCAAUUCUACUACAAAAAAAUUGAGCAGGAGGGACUCCUUUGCAACUCAUUCUAUGAAACCAGCAUCAGGUCUCUGAUACCAAAACCUGGCCAAGACACAAUGAAAAAGGAACACUGCAGGCUAAUAUUCCUGAUGAACAUAGAUGCAAAACCAUCCAUGAAAUGCCAGCAAACCAAAUUCAAUAGCACAUCAAAAGCUAACCUUUGGAUGCAAGGUUCGUUAAAUAUAUGCAAAUCACUAAAUGUCAUUCACCACAUAAACAGCAUUCAAAACAAAAACCAUAUGAUCUCAAUAGAUGCAGAAAAAGCCUUCAAUAAAAUGCAACAUACCUUCAUAAUAAAAAUUCUCUACAAAAUUAAGCAUCAAAGCAAUGCACCUCAAAAUAAAUGCAAUCUAUGACAAAUCCACAGCCAACCUCAUAAUUAAUGGGCAAAAUCUGGAAGCAUUCCCCCUUGAAAACUGGAACAAGAUAAGGAAGCCCACUCUCACCACUCCUCUUCAACAUAGUUCUAGAAGUUCUAAGCAGAGCAAUCAGGCAAGAGAAAAGAAACAAAAUGUACCCAAAUUGGAAAAGAAGUUAAACUAUCUCUCUUUGUGGAUCAUAUAAUUCUAUAUCUAGAAAACUCUAAAGACUCUGCCAAAAGGCUCCUGGAGCUAAUAAACUACUUCACUAAAAUUUUAUUUUACAGAAUCAAUGUACAAAAAUUAGUAGCACUCCUAUACAUCAAUAAUGUUAAGCUGAGAGCCAAAUCAAUAAUGCAAUUGAAUUAAUAAUAGCUACCAAAAUAUAAUAAAAUAUCUAAGAAUACAUCUAACCAAGGAAGUGAAAUAUCUCUACGGGAGAUAAUUACAAAACACUGCUCAAAGAAAUCAGAGAGAACAUAAACAAAUGAAAAAACAAUCCAUGGAUGAGAAUAAUCAAUAUCAUUAAAAUGGCCAUAUUACCCCAAGCAGUCUACAGAUGCAAUGCUCUUCCUAUCAACCACUGAUGCAAUCUUUCACAGAAUUAGAAAAACUAUUCUAAAAAUCAUAUGAAACUGGAAAAAAAAAUCCCAAAUAGCCAAAGCAAUCCUUAGCAAAAAGAACCAAGCCACCACAUUAUCUGAUGCCAGAACAUACCAUAGGGCUACAGUAGCCAAAACAGCAAGGUACUAGUAUAAAAAGAGUAACAUAGGUGCAAUGGAAUAUAGAACCUAGAAAGUCUCUCUCACACACACACACAUGCGUGCGCACACACACACACAUGCGCGCACACACGCACACACACACACAUGCGCGCGCACACACACACGUGCACACACACACACACACACACACACCCCACAGAUAUCUGACCUUUAACAAAAUCAACAAAAGUAAGCAAUGGAGAAAGAACUUCCUGUUCAAUAAAUCGUGGUAGCAAUAAACCAAAAAAAUAAAUAAAUAAAACUGGACACCUAUGUUUUACCAUAUACAAAAGUUAACUCAACAUUGAUUAAAGGUUUAAAUGUAAGACCUCAGACUAUAAGCAUCCUAGAAGAAAACCUGGGAAACAUCAUUCUGAACAUCAGCCUUGGGAAAUAACUUAUGACUAAGUCCUCAAAAGCUAUUGCAACAAAAAUUUGUCGACUUGGACCUAAUUAAAUUAAAGUGCUUCUGUAUCGCUAAAGAGACUAUCAACAGAGUAUACAAGCAACCUACAGAAUGGGAGAAGAUUUUUAGAAACUAUGAAUCCAAUAAAUCUAAUUAACAGAAUGUAUGAAAAACUUAAACUACUCAACAGGCAAAAAACAAGUAACCCCAUUAAAAAGUGGGCAAAGGAUAUGACCAGAUACUUUUGACAAGAAAACAUACAAGAAGCCCACAAACAUAUGAAAAGAUAGUCAACAAGACUAAUCAUCAGAAAAAUACAAAUCAAAAUCACAAUGUGACAACCACCUCAUACCAGUAAGAAUAGCUACUAUUACCAAGUCAAAAAACAACAGAUGCUGGCCAGGCUGUGGAGAAAGGGGAAAGCUUAUACACUGUUGGGAAUGUAAAUUAGUUCAGUCACUGUAAAAAGCAGUCUGGAGAUUUCUGAAAGAAUUUUUUAAAAAUUAUCAUUUGACCAAGUAAUCCUAUUACCAGAUAAUAUCUAAAAGAAAAUAAAUUUUUCUAUGAAAAAGACACAUGUGCUUGUAUGUUCAUCACAGCACCAUUCACAAUAGCAACAACAUAGAAUCAACCUAGGUGCCCAUCAGUGGUGGACUGGAUAAAGAAAAUGUGUUACAUAUACAUCAUGGAAUAGCACAUAGCCAUAAAAAUGAACAAACUCAAGUCCUUUGCAGCUGCAUGGAUAAAGCUAAAAGCCAUUAUCCUAAGUGAAUUAACACAAGAACACAAGAAGAGAAAAGCAAAUACCUCAUGUUCUCAUGUAUAAGUGCAAGCUAAAUAUUGAGUACACAUAGACACAAAGAUGGGGAACAACAGACACUGGGAAAUACUAGGGGGAAGGGAACAACUGGGGCAAGCGUUGAAAAAACUGACUGUUGGGUGCUAUUGAAACGGGAGAGUGAUCUAAUCUCCUGACAACAGGGGGUGUGGCUCACCUUUUCUCUCUCUACUACUGCUCAAACCCCUGAUGGAAGAAGGAGCACAAAGAUGGUCAGGUGCAGGAGCUGAGGCAAGCGCUUUGGGCUCUAGCCCCACUGUAGUGUCUAGGAGUGGGUGCCUACGGCCCCAGUGUUAGACAAACAAAUGCAAAUGGAAAGAAUCCAAGUCAAUUAUAUAACAAAAUAGCACUCCAUCACAAAAGCCUGUAAAAUUACAAAAACACUAUUUUAAAAUAUUGGCACUUAAAGAAAACGAUAAUCUCAUAAAUUACAAAAUUGUCAAAUUGUUCCCUAAACUGGUAAGCAGAUAAACAUGACUAAUGAAUGAGUUUGGCUUUUUUAAAGAAAAAUCAUUCAAAUAAAUUGAAUAAUCAUCCUGA